AUGGUGCGUCAGCUGCACAACUGCAUGAUGGCGCGAGUCACGGACAACGUUGCUGUCUCAGAGGCAUUCGCAGUGACCAACGGAGUGAAGCAGGGAUGCGUGCUGGCGCCAAACCUCUUCAGUCUUAUAUUCUCUGCCAUGCUGAUGGACACCUACCGCGACGAAUGCCCCGGGAUCCGCAUCGCCUACAGGACGGACGGCCAUCUUCUGAAUCAACGGCGCAUGAACUUCCAAUCGCGCGUAUCCACAACUACCGUGCACGAACUCCUCUUCGCCGACGACUGCGCCCUGAACACCACCUCGGAAGAGGAGAUGCAACGCAGCGUGGGCCUGUUCUCCGCCGGAUGCGAGAACUUCGGUCUGGUCAUUAACACGCAGAAGACGGUGGUGAUGCACCAACCGCCACCCAACUCAGCCAGAGCCCCCAACGCGUCGCCGCAAAUCAGCGUGAAUGGGACCCAACUGCAAGUGGUGGAGAACUUCCCGAACCUGGGCAGUACUCUCUCCCGGAACACCAAGAUCGAUGACGAAGUCGCCAACAGGGUCUUGAAAACCAGUCAAGCCUUCGGUCGCCUCCAAAGCACAAUUUGGAAUCGCCAUGGUCUUCAACUUAGCACGAAGCUGAAGAUGUACAAGGCCGUCAUCCUGCCGAUGUUACUGUACGGAGCAGAGACGUGGACGGUGUACGCAAAGCAGGCACGCUGA